CUUCUGCAAAUUGGCCGGGGAGAAGCGCGAGGGCGUCCAGCAGCUCCUCAAGAUGCGGAACGAUUGUGGGAGCCGCACAUUCUUCCAGGAUGUGCAGAAGCCAUCUCAGGAUGAGUGGGGUAAAGCCCAGGAGGCCAUGAAAGCUGCCUUGGCCCUAGAGAAGAACCUGAACCAGGCUCUCUUAGAUCUUCAUUCCCUGGCUUCUGCUUGCACAGAUCCUCACCUCUGUGACUUCCUGGAAAACCACUUCCUGGAUGAGGAGGUGAAGCUCAUCAAGAAGACGGAACCACCUGAUGAAACUCUGCAGGGUGGCUGGGCCACAGCCAGCACAGACUGGUGUGCUUAGCCAUCCCUGGGUGAAGACCUCUUUGAGAGGCUCACUCUCAAGCAUGACUAGAAGGCCUUGCCUUCCAAGGGGCUCCCUCUUCUGCUCUG